AUGGCAACCCAUGUCCUUAUUCAUAAUUGCACCGUCGAGGAUACAGAACUUCUCGCUAGAAACAAUAUGACGGCAUUUUGGGAAAUGACCUGGUGGCGAAUGCUUUGGAUAGACACUUCGCUGGAUACUAUCAUUAAAAAUAGCGCAUUGAGAAUGCCGCACAAUUUGUUAACAGGGAGGCUGGUGCGGAGACACCAAAAGGUCAUCGAUCAUGGAACAGGACAGAUCAUUGGGUAUGCGCGAUGGAUUCUGCCUGAGGUGUGUGCGCCCUGCUGGCUCGAAGCACAGACACCAGAUGUCAGCGAGGAUAACAAGAGGGUCUUCGAAAAUCAGUUCGCUGAAGCCAGUUGGGCCAUAAGAGAUGACAUGCCCGGGUUUGAUGACCACCUUGAGCAAAUGAUGGAGAGGAACAGUCCGACCGAGCCGUAUAUUAGUGAGCUUCUGGAAAAAAUACUUGUCCCAAGUUCCAACAGAGAGAGCUGA